AGGAGAUAUUUUUAUUUCCCCAAACAGGUCGCAUGUGGCUUGUGGACCGACUGCGUUCUCGACUGCGGCCAAAACGGUGCCUGACCCCCCUGCUCCCUGGACGGACGCCUCCUUCUCUCACUCCAACUCGAGUCGUGCUUUAUCAUGGACAAGUCUUUCACUCUCGGACAGGUGCUCUGUACAGGAGCCUUUGGGCUCUUAACUGGCUUCCUUAUCUCCCAGUCUGCACUCAAACCAAAGAGCAACACCACCGCUUCUCUCACAGCUAGCAAUGGCAGCUCAAAAAAGAGUAUCAAAAGAGAAAAGACAGAUAACGCUCAACCAACCAAGCAGAGGAAGCAGAUCGAGGAGGACUCUGAAGAAUAUCUCGAGGGUGAGAGCGAGGAUGAGGACGAGGACUUUACAGACGAGGAGACCGAGGAUGAAGAGAAUGACGAUCUCGCAGAAUUCGAUCUUCGCGAGGAGUACAAGAUGGUCCUGGUCGUGAGGUCUGAUUUGGGUAUGGGAAAGGGCAAGGCUGCCGCCCAGUGUUGUCAUGCCACCCUGGCUAAUUACAAGGAACUGCUCAAAAAGAGUCCCAAGACCCUCACCCGGUGGGAAUACUGCGGACAGGCCAAGGUGACGCUCAAGGUCGAUAGCGAGGAUGAAAUGUUGUUGCUUCAAGCCCAAGCUCAGAGCGUAGGGUUGGCAGCACACAGCAUUCGUGAUGCAGGAAGGACACAAAUCGCUGCCGGAUCAAGAACGGUUCUCGCUGUCGGUCCAGGUCCUGUCAGCGUCAUUAACAGCGUCACCGGAAAACUCAAGUUGUAUUAGACAAUAAAGCAUGUCCUCGCAUACAUUCACGACUCGUUUCGAUGAGCGGACAAA